AUGCAGAUCCCGCGAACCCUCGUCUCCAGAGACACUGGAUCUACUUCUUCGUCCACAGACUCGAGUUCAGGUCGGCCCCAGAACUUAGGCCUCAUUCUGGGUGUCGCCAUAUCCGUCGUCGUAGUCAUCCUUCUCGUCCUCUUGAUCGUUUGGAGGAUUAUUGUCGUCAAACGGCGUCAAGAGUCUGGUCAUGCGUCGCCCACCAACACCGAAUCCCUCUCACGUCCUCCCGAAAAGUUUACCUCGAACACUCUCCGUGGCUUCAAGUUUCCGCACAAAUCUGAACCUGCAGCACACCCUCGUAUCGACCCUUAUGUUCUUCCUCAGCCUCCUGCGCCCACCGUUGCCGUCGCUUCUGCGUCUGCCGAUUCGUUUGGCAAUACGGCGUCCUCAGAGUAUCACUACAAGACUUGGAGGACCGUUGCCUCAUCUCGCUCUAUUGAUGAUCCACACAUGUUUGCCGACCGGACGUCCCAAACAUCAUCGCGUAUGCAAGCACGAGACGGUCUACAUUCGACGGGAGAAAUGAAAGACUUGAUCAACAUGUUCAAUUCUCAGCGUGUCGAGUCUGCAGCCGCACCACCCCCUGCGUACCCGAACAUGACGCUCUCUCCGAGCCUGGCCGUCAAACCCAUGCGUCCCAUCUCUGUCGCGUCGACCCUCGUCGCACCUCAUACCGUCACAAAGGACUUUGGAUCGAUGCCUCAUGGUCUCCAGCGGAAUCAUUCUGUCGAACGGGCGUCAGACGGCUACAAUUCUGAUGCGACAGUCCCAUCUGUGAUGCGCCGACCGAAAUUCAAUCCACGCGAGGGCGCACCUGUCAUCCCGUCCAUCUAUUUCCAACCAUUCGAACUCGAUGAUCCAAAUACGUUUUUGGCGCGCUCGAAUAGCAUGGACUCGCGACGGACGUCGAGCAUUGCUGGUGGCCCGCACCGUGUGCCCUCGCAAUUAGGACGAUCACCGAGCGCGCGACAGAAUUACCCACCCGUUACGACGCGCAAGCGCCAGAAUUCGGAGCCACCAAAGAUUCCGCCACUACCGCGCCUGUCGACAAUCACUGAUGGCGCGCAAUCAACGCAUACUCACACGGACGCAAAGAUGAUACCGCCUAUGCCUCUUUCUCUUGCUCCUCGGGCGAGCGUUGCUCCCUCUGUGAGCGAGUAUCCGGAGAGUCGGGCGGGUUCCAUCUACAUCGACCCCGACAUGCCCCUCUCCCGCGCCCCUCUGAGUCCCACCGUCGUACCCUCGCGGAAUAACAGUGCGAGGAGUGGAUGGAUUUAA